GUCCCCGUCCCCGCGCCCGUCGGUGUCCCCGCGCCCCGCCGGCCACCAUGCUGGACCGCGAGGGCGGCUGGAGCGUGUCCUUCGCCGGCUGCGGCUUCCUGGGCGUCUACCACAUCGGCGCGGCCACCUGCCUGCAGGAGCGCGCCCCGCACGUCAUCCGCGACGCGCGGCACAUCUACGGCGCCUCCGCGGGCGCGCUCGCCGGGGCCGUGCUCGUCGGGGGCGGCUCGCUGGCUCAAGCCUGUGCAGAUGUUCUGGCGUUGGCCAAAGAAGCCAGAAAGCGAAAUCUUGGUCCUCUCCAUCCCUCCUUUAAUGUGAUAAAGAUAAUUAGAGAUGGACUGAUGAGGAAUCUCCCAGAGAACACUCACCAGUUGUCAUCGGGCAGACUCUGCAUCUCACUAACCAGAGUAUCAGAUGGCAAAAAUGCACUGAUCUCUAAUUUUAACUCUAAAGAAGAAGUUAUCCAGGCUUUAAUCUGUAGUUCAUUUGUCCCUAUUUAUUGUGGCCUAAUUCCACCGUCGUUUAGAGGUGUGCGCUAUGUGGACGGAGGGAUCAGUGACAACUUACCCCACUAUGAGUGCAAGAACACCAUCACUGUGUCCCCUUUUGCUGGGGAGUGUGACAUCUGCCCCAAGGGGAAGUCUGCCAACUUCCACGAGAUGAAUGUGACCAACACCAGCAUCCAGUUCAGUCUGGGGAACUUUUAUCGUUUGACACAAGCCCUGUUUCCACCAGAGCCCAAGGUGCUUGGAGAGAUCUGUGAGCAAGGAUAUUUGGAUGCUCUUAAAUUCUUGAAAGAGAAUGGUAUUUUGAAUGACUCCAUUUAUAUCCACUUGUCCUUCACGAAAAGAAAUCCUCACGAGGCUGCACAGCACAGUGACCUUGUGAAGAAAAGAAAACUGGCAGAAAACAACAGAGUAGAAACUUUGAAAAUGGAAGUGCUUAAUGAGCAGCUAAAGCCAAACCCGUGGCCUUUGGAGAAGAGCAUAUUUGAGAGCCUGCCUCCCAGACUGCGGAAAGCACUGCAGGAAGCUUGUAAGGAACAGAAUGGAUUCUACGCUCAGUUCUCCAAACUCUUCCCAAUGAGGGUGAUAUCCUACCUGCUGCUGCCAUACACACUCCCAGUGGAGUCUGCUUACUCCGUUGCUUUACGGUUAGUGAACUGGUUUCCUGACAUGCCUGCUGAUGUUCGAUGGAUGCAGGAGCAGCUCUUUCGGCUCGCUGGGACAGUUUAUUCCCAGGCUAAAAGCAAACUGUUCUGGGCAUCCAGGAAAGACGAUUAUCCAUCACUGAAGGAAUGUCCAACUGUCCCAUCCACUGUGGAAUUUCAUUCCUCAUACUGCCACCUCAAAAUGCCUCACUCUACCUCACACAUUGAGAGCUGGCUCUGGGAAUCUUCCUGCUUCCUUCAGUCAGCUAUGAAAAAUCCCUCUGCUGAAAUACAGGAGCAUCCAGACCUAAAGUCCUAUCCCAGUUUCCUCCCAAAUCCUGAGGAGUCUGCGUUGGACAUGGAUGUUGACUCUUCCUCGGAGACGAGUUUCCAAACUGCUCCAGAGUAUUGAUUUGGAAGCAGAUUCCACACUUUCCCAAAUUCCAAAUUUGGCAGGGAAACUUCAAACCCUAAAGGGGACUAAAGGCCGCUUUGUUUAUUGCCAAUGAGUCUUGGAAAAUUACUUGUUUACAGCUUCCUGACAAAUCUGCCUUGGGAAUUUUACUGUUUUAAGGAUUAUAAAAGCAGUGGCUGCUAUACUAAGUGACAGAUUAUAAUUCUGUUGAAGCACCAGCUCAAUCAACUGUAGUAAGACUUGUAGUUAAACAGUGUCUCUCUGGAAAUAAAUUUAUUAAAAAUUUACCUGCAGCAUAAAAAUGUAAAUUCUGUCAACAGGUUGUUAAACAACCAUCGACAACAGAACCUUUUUCAAGUUAUAAUCCUUUAUUAUGUGUUAGGAUUACUUUUAUAGCACUUAAAUGAAACUGGGACUUCUACUUCAUAAAGGGAAAACCACCAAUUUUUAGUGGCCUCCAGUGCCCGUUUGCCUUAUGUUUAAAGAUCCUGUUGUGUUUAUGGAAAGUUGUCUGCACGAGAUACUGUAGGAAGAGCGUUACUCUGAGUUGUGGUGUGUGUGUUUCACAGUUCUUUUCCUCUGUGUUUCUUUCCCUCUUCAAAUAAUUCAAGGGAAAAAGACACAAGAAAUGGGGCACGUUCCCCUGAAGUGUAAACAGGUACAGUUUGUGAUAUCAGAGGACUUUUUUUGAACUUCAUAGAAAGGUUUACUAUUUGACUAAGUAUUGCAAAGUAGGUAAAGUAGUGGCUGUGAUGAGUAGCAAACAGUAAGUCAAGGUGUUAAACUUUACAGAAGAUGUUAACAAAAAUCAGUGUCUAGCAAGUGGUGAGUGAUGUUUAGGUUGUCUCUAAUUAUUCUUGAUAUUUUUUCCCCUCCAACUUGAUUUUUCUUCUCCUUCUUUUCGCUUUCCUCUUGCCAAAGGAGGGAAGAAAAAGGGUGUCCCCCCCUCUCCCGGUGAGGUGCAUCCCAAAGGAAGUUUUCCAGGACUGUUGGAAGCAGCAAGUUUGUAAGACUUAGUGGAGAUAUCAAUAUCCAGGGAGCUGUGCAAAGGUUCCAAAGUCUCAGCUCUGAUUUCCCUGAGCUCGAAGUGCUACAUUUUACAGAAUCAAGAUGGAUUUGGGGCUGGUGAGGAGCAGGGGAGGAGGUGCUGAGUUGUCCAUUUCCAUAUUCCAGGAGUCUGGUGCUAUUUUAACUUCAACUCUUCUGUUCAUUUCUUGUGUGGUCGUGUCUUCAAACUUGCACGAGAAGUUGGGAAUGUUCCUCUAACUACAAUUAAAAUGAGCAAGAUCUGUUUUAUAUCGUCUCCAUUUGUAAUUUUAAACUUUGUAAAACAAAAUUCUAGAAUGUUCUGCAAAACAUAGUUUACCAGAAUGUGUAAGAAUUUAAUGGUCUGUGUGUUGGAAUAGUUCUAUUAACUCUGUUUAAAUGAACCUUAACCACUUUUUCUGUUGGGCACAGCUCCAGUUUUGUCUCCUUUUUCUAAAAUAAAACCACAAUCUCUUCUGUUA